CACCAUGCAACGAGAACUCCCCUGCGGGGUUUGGCUUCCCUCCACCGCCACAGCCACAGGAAGCUCCGGCGACCUUCCCACCAUCACAGGGAAAAGUAAUAGUAACAGUGUCACAAGUGUAGAAAAGCAGGUGUCAGAGAAUGCUGUGAUAGUGUUUGGCCGACGUGGAUGUUGCAUGUGCCAUGUUGUGAAAAGUUUACUACUAGGGCUUGGUGUCAACCCCACCAUUUUUGAUGUUGAUGAGAAAGAUGAAGCUGCUGUUAUCGGCGAAUUGUUGAGAAUUAUAGGCGAUGACGGUAAAGGGAACGACGGCCGGCUAAAGUUUCCGGCGGUUUUCGUUGGUGGGAAGCUGUUUGGAGGGAUAGAAAGAGUCAUGGCCACUCAUAUCUCUGGUGAGUUGGUGCCCAUUUUAAAAGAAGCUGGGGCCUUAUGGCUUUGACUUAGUCUUUUAAUAAUUCUGAAGACUUUGGCUGAUUGAAUGCAGUGAAUUUUCAGUUUUCAUUCUUUGACAAUGUUUGAGGGUUGGACUUGACGCAACCGCAAAGUUAUUCUUGAGUGUCAAGGUUCGAGUUGCAAAAAUAGUAUUUCCACGACACUCUAAAUCCUACAGUAACAAUAUUCCUAAAUUGUGUUUUGAGUACCGAAAAACAGUUUUUUUAUCAGUUUUAUUCUUAGAUUGUGUUUAUGAGGUGGUAAAACUUUUUUUAAAGAAAAGGAAAAGGUUGAGAGCUUGUAGAUCAAGUAUUUUUACUUUUGAUUUAGGAAAAUAUUAUUGAAACUAAAUUUUCUGAUUUAACGUGUCACUGUCGAUGUCGG